UCAUCAAUAGUUUCAAUACCGUCUCGAAGAAGCUCCUCCUUAAACCGUUCCAUGGCGGUUUCUCUCUCCUCCUCCCACUAAACCCUCACCACCAUUUUUCUCUCUCCUCUCCUCUUCAAAAUGGGCGACAAGAUCAAGUUCAGCGUACUAGUAAGUUUCUUCAACUGGACAUCAAAAUCAAAGUCAUCCGUUCAAAAACGCAUAAAAUUCCGCAAAUUCCUCGACACUUACUGCAAACCAAUCGACUAUUUCUCAUCAAUUCGCCUCAUUUUACCUUCAUUAGAUCGCGAACGAGGUUCUUAUGGCCUCAAAGAAUCAGUCCUCGCUCUCUCUCUCCUCGACGCUCUCGCAAUUUCUCGCGAUUCCGAAGACGCCAAAAAACUCAUCAAUUGGCGUAAAGGCGGCACCAAAAUCGCCGGAAAUUUCGCCGGAAACUUCUCUUCAAUCGCCGCCGAAGUUCUCCAACGCCGACAAUCUUCCGUCUCCGGCGGAAUUACGAUUCGCGAAGUAAACGGACUUCUCGAUCGUCUCGCGAACGCCGAGAAUCGGAAUGCGAAAACUGAAAUUCUAGGCGAAAUGAUACGAAAGACGAAUUCGCAAGAGAUGAAGUGGAUUAUCAUGAUAAUAUUGAAGGAUUUGAAGUUAGGGAUUAGUGAGAAGAGUAUUUUUCAGGAAUUUCAUCCUGAUGCUGAGGAUUUGUUCAAUGUAACAUGUGAUUUACGGCUUGUUUGUGAGAAAUUGAGUGAUCGGAAUGUUAGGCAUAAGAGACAAGACAUUGAGGUUGGAAAAGCUGUGAGACCUCAGCUUGCGUUUAGGGUUUCAGAUUGUAGAGUUGCUUGGAAGAGGCUUCAUGGAAAGGAGGUUGUAGUUGAGUGUAAAUUCGAUGGUGAUCGAAUUCAAAUUCAUAAGAAUGGCUCUCAGGUAAACUAUUUUUCUCGAAAUUUUAUUGAUCAUAGUGAAUAUGAACAUGGUAUGUCAAAUGUUAUUGUAGAGAAUGUGUUAGUUGAUGGUUGUAUUCUUGAUGGAGAAAUGUUGGUUUGGGAUAAAGCUACUAAUCGUUUUGCUGAUUUCGGGUCGAAUCAAGAGAUUGCUAAGGCUGCUAAGGAAGGUUUAGAUAGUGACAGACAAUUGUGUUAUGUUGCUUUUGAUGUGCUUUAUGUUGGUGAUACUAGUGUGAUUCAUCAGACAUUGAAGGAGAGACAUGAACUUCUUAGGAAGGUUGUGAGACCUGUAAAGGGUCGUUUGGAGAUUUUGUUGCCGAAUGGUAGUAGUAAUGUUAAUCUCAAUGCUCAUCGAGGUGUAGGGGAGCCGUGUUGGUCGAUUAUAGCUAACCAUGUGGAAGAUGCCGAGAGGUUUUUUAAGGAGACAGUUGAGAAUAGGGAUGAGGGAGUUGUGUUGAAAGACCUUGGUUCGAAAUGGGAACCGGGAGAUAGGAGUGGGAAGUGGCUUAAGGUGAAGCCUGAUUACAACAAGGCAGGUGCUGAUUUGGAUGUUCUGAUCAUAGGAGGGUAUUAUGGUUCUGGUCGUCGAGGAGGGGAGGUGGGUCAGUUUUUGUUGGGCCUCGCGGAGAAGACUGCUCCUGGUAGCUACCCAAGGAGGUUCGUUUCUUUUGUUAGAGUGGGUACAGGACUUUCUGAUGAGGAGCUUGAUGAACUGGUGACCAAAUUGAAGCCGUAUUUUAGGAAAUACGAAUAUCCAAAGAAGGCAGCACCAAGUUUUUACCAAGUUACUAACCACUCUAAGGAAAGGCCAGAUGUUUGGGUUGAGAGCCCUGAGAAGUCUGUGAUUGUCUCAAUUACUAGUGAUAUUCGUACUAUAAGUUCCGAGGUGUUUGCUGCACCUUACAGCUUAAGGUUUCCUCGGAUUGACCGGGUGAGAUAUGACAAGCCUUGGCAUGAGUGUCUUGAUGUUCAGUCUUUCCUGGAUCUUGUACAUUCGAGUAAUGGAACAACACAAAGAGGAGGAGGUGCAGAUAAUGAAGGGUUGCCAUCUGAUAAGUCCAAGCGUGCAAGAGCUGCGAAAACUGGAGGGAAUAGGAAACUUAAUCUUGCAGUUCCUUCCCAUUUCACUCAGACUGAUGUUUCUAGUGUAAAGGGGGAAUCACAAAUAUUUUCAAAUAUGGUUUUUCACUUUGUCAAUGUGCCUUCUGAUCAUUCUCUGAAUUCCAUGCACAAGUUAGUUGUUGAGAAUGGUGGAACUUUCUCCAUGAAUCUGAACGACACAGUUACUCACUGUGUUGGGGCAGAGAGUCGAGGGAUCAAGUAUGAAGCAGUAAAGAGGCGUGGAUGUGAUGUUAUCCACUACUCGUGGGUUCUUGAUUGUUGCUCACAGAAGCAGCUUCUUCCCUUGAGGCCCAAGCAUUUUGUCUUCCUUUCAGAAUCUUCAAGAAAAAAGUUACAGGAGGAAAUUGAUGAAUUCUCCGACUCCUACUUCUGGGACCUUAAUGUUGCUGAGCUGAAGCAGAUCUUUUGCAAUGUGAAUAAGUCAGAAGAUGCAAAAACUGUUGACUACUACAAGAGGAAGUACUGUCCACGCGAAGAAUGGGGUCGUUUCCAUGGCUGCCGCGUAUAUUUCCAUCUAUUGGCAAAGUCCCAUUCUGUUGACUGGGACAGUUUCUUGAAAAUAGCCACGAGGAGGAUGAAAGUGGAAGUUUCUUCAGGUGGUGGGAAAGUUACCGACAACCCUUCUCAAGCAACCCAUAUAGUUGUCAUGCAAGUUCCGGGGCAUAAGCUGAUUUUCGAUACCUUGUUUCAGAGUUUCCCAGGGGACCAGAAACGCAUCUUACAUAGUAAAAGACUUCAUGUUGUUGGAUCCCAAUGGUUGGAGGAUUGCCUGAAGGAGGAGCAGAAAUUGUCCGAAGUGGCAUACAAUCUGAAGCCAGCUACCUUAGAAGAAUUGCCUUCUGAAGAAGAGAAUGGUGAAGAUGAUAAGGAUCAUAAAAAAUGCCCAGCCUCCUCGUUUCGUGAAGAAAAGCCAACGACACUUGCUCCAAAGAUCGUUCCCCUUAUUAGGGAAGGCAAAGGAAAGCGAGGAAGGCCUCUUGGAACUAGCACUAGGAAAGGCAAAACCAUUGUCAGCAAACCUCCAAGAACAAAAAGGGCCAGAGUCGGAAGUAGGCCGGCUAAAUUACAAGAAAUUGCCUCUGAUGAUGAUUCUAGCGAGCAAGAAGAAACUUAUGCACCAGUGAAAGCAAGCCCUGAACUUAAAAUGCAUGACCGUGUUUUCCAGGACAUUGCUAUUGAUGCUAUUGACGAUAAGACUAGCGAGCAUGAGACCAGUACACUGGGAAAAUCUGGUUUAGAAUCUGAGAAUAUUGGUUCAAGUUCAAGAUAUGAAUUAUCGAAAAAGAACGAAGAGAAAAAGGAAGAAGAACGCAAGCCUGAACUCGAUGAGAUAGGACGUCGCUGCUUAGACAAUCCUGGCAUUGUUGCUUGCAGUAAACCUGAGAAAGACACGACGGACUCCACAUCAGGGAAAUUGGAGGUCAUGCUUGAUCCAGUUCAAGCAAUGUUGCUAGACAUGCUCCCAAGUCUUAGGAGGAAAUCUCAAGCUACAAAUGCUGUUAUUGAAGACAGAAAUUUACAAUCAACACAAUCACAAGAGGGAUCGUCCGUAGAACCAACCCAAGUAGAACCGGUGAAGAAGAAGAAAGUUAGCUAUAGGGAACUUGUAAAGCAGUUACUCAAGGAUUGACGGGUUUGUAUACUGACUUGUGUUUUUUCUUCUGAUCAACUGUAAAAUGUUGUAUAGUCAAUUGUAUUAUGCUAACCAAACUCGAAAAUUGGUGUUCAAUCAAGGUAUAGGGAUCAUUCCAACUGUUAUAGUUUUGUAAUGGAAGCAUUAAGGUCCUUUCAGCAUCACUACUGGUUUCCGUAUAUUGGUUUGAAGAUUUUAAAGUCAUACGACCUCCGUAUUUUUUU